UAUUUCCAAUUAUCCAUAUUUAGGAGGUAUGCGUUCUUUACUUGAUUGAUUGUUCGUUCACAAAGCCUUGCAAUAUAAUUUAUGUAUUUGGUAGUUUGAGCUUCAUUUUCUUAGUAUGAAUCUUCUGACCUGUGAUUAUUACUCACUCUAGAGGUUUCUCACGUACCAUAGUACCAGCAUUUCCUCCUAGAAAAACAACAGAACCCGUCAAUUUGUGUCUCCCAUCUCUCUUCAUCAAGUCCCACAUUCACCUAGCUAGCUUUAACACCUUGAUCCCUUCCCCCCCUCUCUCACAAGCAUCAGAAAAAUGAGGUCCAAACCUCAAUGUGGCAUCAAUCUCAAGCUCAUUGUCAUCUUCUGCUCCCUCCUCCUCCUCUUCACCGUCUUAAUAUUCCGAUCAAACCUCACCUAUCCUCUGAAAACCCCAUCUUCAUCAUUGAUCUCAGAAUCCCGCCUCUCAAACUCCACUACUGAUCAACCUCAAGUCCCAAAAUGCCCAUCGCUUGAAGUACCCUUCAUCCCCACAUGCACAAAAACCCCACCUUCCUUGGCCAACGCCCUCAUCCACUACGCCACCACGAACAUCACCCCGCAGCAAACCUUCAAGGAAAUAUCAGUAUCAGCAAGGAUCCUAGCAAAGAAGGCCCCCUGCAACUUCCUCGUCUUCGGCUUAGGCCUCGACAGCCUCAUGUGGGCAGCUCUCAACCACGGCGGCCGCACCGUCUUCCUAGAAGAAGACCAGUCCUGGAUCGACCAGAUCAAGGAACGCCUUCCCAACUUAGAAUCCUACCACGUCAUGUACGACACCAAAGUCCAUGAAGCUGAGGAGCUCUUCAAGCAUGGCUCGAAAGAAGAGUGCAAGACUGUGAGCGACCCUAGGUUUUCCAAGUGCCCAUUGGCGCUGAAGAACUUGCCGGGAGAUGUGUACGACAUGGAGUGGGACUUGAUCAUGGUGGAUGCUCCCACUGGGUACUUUGAUGGAGCUCCUGGUCGGAUGAGUGCUAUAUACACGGCAGGGUUGAUGGGGAGGAACAGAGAGGAGGGUGAGACUGAUGUGUUUGUUCAUGAUGUGGAUAGAGUGGUCGAGGAUAAAUUCUCCAAGGCUUUUCUUUGUGAAGGUUAUUUGAGAGAGCAAGAGGGGAGGAUUAGGCAUUUUACGAUUCCGAGUCACAGGGCUCGUCUGGGCAGACCCUUUUGCCCGUAAGAUGUUAGUGUUAUUAUAGAGCAUGCAGCAAUAUGGAUCUAUAUCUCUUCUUCCUUAAUUUCAUCUCUUCUCCUGUUCUUUCUGUGUAGCAUCAGAUAAAUUUCUUCGGAUUGUAUUCUUUUUCUAUUGAUUUUGAUGCAUACUGAGAUUAUUAAUUAAUCUACUCUAAGAAUUCU